ACCAUAAACACGUUCCUGGGAAGAAACAGCAUUUCAACAUGUCGUCGUUGAAUGACAGAUCAGUUUGGGAUGAGGUGGAGGAUGGUAUCGGCGAGGAAGUCCUUAAGAUGUCCACAGAAGAGAUCGUCCAAAGGACUCGUCUUUUGGACAGUGAGAUUAAGAUCAUGAAGAGUGAGGUUCUGCGUGUCACUCAUGAGCUGCAAGCCAUGAAAGACAAGAUCAAAGAGAACACAGAGAAAAUCAAAGUGAACAAGACUCUGCCCUACCUCGUCUCUAACGUCAUAGAGCUGCUGGAUGUUGAUCCUAAUGAUCAAGAAGAAGAUGGAGCAAACAUUGAUCUGGACUCUCAGAGGAAGGGCAAAUGUGCCGUCAUCAAAACAUCCACGCGGCAGACCUAUUUCCUACCUGUGAUUGGUUUGGUGGAUGCUGAGAAACUGAAACCUGGUGAUCUUGUGGGUGUGAAUAAGGAUUCUUAUCUGAUUCUUGAGACUCUACCUACUGAGUAUGACUCAAGAGUUAAAGCCAUGGAGGUGGAUGAGAGGCCCACAGAGCAGUACAGCGACAUAGGUGGCCUUGACAAACAGAUCCAAGAGCUGGUGGAGGCAAUUGUUCUGCCCAUGAACCACAAAGAGAAGUUUGAGAAUCUGGGCAUCCAACCACCAAAGGGAGUUCUGAUGUACGGACCACCAGGCACAGGAAAGACCCUCCUGGCCAGAGCCUGUGCAGCCCAAACCAAGGCAACCUUUUUGAAGUUGGCUGGCCCUCAGCUGGUGCAGAUGUUUAUUGGUGAUGGUGCCAAACUGGUACGUGAUGCAUUUGCUCUUGCCAAGGAGAAGGCUCCCUCUAUCAUCUUCAUUGAUGAGUUGGAUGCUAUCGGCACAAAGCGCUUUGACAGUGAGAAGGCUGGAGACAGAGAGGUGCAGAGGACCAUGCUGGAGCUGCUAAACCAGCUAGACGGCUUUCAACCCAACAUGCAAGUGAAGGUUAUUGCGGCAACGAAUAGGGUGGAUAUCCUGGACCCGGCUCUCCUGCGUUCAGGUCGUCUGGAUCGUAAGAUUGAGUUCCCCAUGCCCAAUGAGGAGGCUCGUGCUCGCAUUAUGCAGAUUCACUCACGCAAGAUGAACGUCUGUCCUGAUGUGAACUAUGAAGAAUUGGCACGCUGUACUGAUGACUUCAAUGGAGCUCAGUGUAAAGCUGUGUGUGUUGAGGCUGGCAUGAUUGCUCUGCGGCGUGGGGCCACUGAACUCAACCAUGAGGACUACAUGGAGGGCAUACUGGAAGUGCAGGCAAAGAAGAAGGCCAACCUGCAGUACUAUGCUUAAUGCAGUGGCAGACUGUAUGUGUGAGUGUGUGUUAGAGAGUGUGUAAGUGGUCAAGUGUCAGGAUGAAGCACAUCUAUUCACCUGUGCUGUUGGGAUCCAGUUCUAUUCUGAAAGAUCUUCAGGUUCUGAUGAAAUAGGUUAGCCAAAAUAAGAAUAGGCUGCCUCAGUGUAAUAAUGUAUGGAGUAUUUUUCAGUUAACCCUUUUGUUCAUCUCAUAAUUCAUUAAAAACACAAACCUUUUUUCAUUAAUGUGU